UGAGAGGUGCUGAAGACCCAGAGAGCCAGGAGAGGGACUAGGAACAGGGUCAGGGACAGGAGUGAAAUCACUCAAAGAACUGCUCAAAAUCUUUGAGAGGAGUCCAGAAAACAUGAACAUGGGGUUUGUCACUGGAGCUGUCCUGAAUAUGCUACUUCUGCUGUCUACUCAAAAUUGGAAUAUGGUCAUAGCUGGCAAUUCUUAUGAUUGUGAUGAACCUUUGGUGUCUGCCUUGUCUCAGGAGUCAUUCAGCAGUUCAUCUGAGCUCUCCAGCAGCCAUGGUCCUGGAUUUGCAAGACUAAAUCGAAGAGAUGGAGCUGGUGGCUGGUCUCCUUUUGUGUCAAACAAAUACCAGUGGCUGCAGAUUGACCUUGGAGAGAGAAUGGAGGUCACUGCCAUGGCCACUCAAGGAGGAUAUGGGAGCUCCAACUGGGUGACCAGCUACCUCCUGAUGUUCAGUGAUAGUGGCAGGAACUGGAAACAGUAUCGACAAGAGGACAGCAUCUGGGGAUUUUCAGGAAAUGUAAAUGCAGACAGUGUUGUGUACUAUAGACUCCAGCCUUCUAUCAAAGCCAGAUUUCUGCGCUUCAUCCCUUUAGAGUGGAACCCUAAGGGCAGAAUUGGAAUGCGGAUCGAGGUGUUUGGAUGUGCAUAUAGAUCAGAGGUGGUUGAUCUUGAUGGAAAAAGUUCCCUUCUCUACAGAUUUGAUCAAAAAUCCCCACGCCCAGUAAAGGACAUAAUUUCCUUGAAAUUUAAAACCAUGCAGAGUGAUGGCAUCCUUCUUCACCAGGAAGGGAGAAAUGGAGAUCACAUCACAUUGGAAUUAAGAAGAGGAAAACUUUUUUUACUCAUUAAUUCAGGUGAAACUGAAAUACCUUUCAUGCACAACCUGAUCAAUCUUACCCUGGGCAGUCUGCUGGAUGACCAGCAUUGGCAUUCUGUGCUUAUCCAGCUCUUGGGUAAACAAGUCAACUUCACAGUGGAUGAGCACAGGCACUAUUUCCAUGCCCAGGGAGAAUUCAGUUACCUGGAUCUGGAUUAUGAGAUCAGCUUUGGAGGGAUUCCAGCACCUGGAAAAUCAGUGUUAUUUCCCCAUAAAAAUUUUUAUGGAUGUUUAGAAAAUCUCUACUAUAAUGGGGUAGAUAUCAUUGAUCUGGCCAAGCGGCAAAAGCCACAGAUCAUCAGAAUGGGGAAUGUGUCAUUUUCUUGUUCACAACCACAAUCUGUGCCUGUGACUUUUCUCAGCACCAGCAGUUACUUAGCACUACCAGGCUCUCCUGUGGAAGAUGAGGUUUCCACCAGUUUUCAAUUCCGAACAUGGAAUAAAGCAGGACUUCUGCUAUUCACUGAACUUCCACUGGUUUCAGGGAGUCUCCUCCUCUUUCUUAAUGAUGGAAAAAUCAAGCUGACUCUCUUCCAGCCAGGAAAAUUACCCAGUAACUUCACAGCAGGUGUUGGAUUAAAUGAUGGACAGUGGCAUUCUAUCUCCUUAGCUGCCAGAAAGAAUCACUUGAGUUUGGUAGUAGAUGGUCAAGUGGCUUCUACUGCUUAUUCCCUGGGACCUGAGCAGGUUUAUUUGGGUGACAUGUACUACUUUGGAGGUUGUCCUGACAACAGCUUUGAAAUGAAAUGUAAAAAUCCACUUGGUGGGUUUCAGGGAUGUAUGAGACUCAUUUCCAUUGGUGACAACAUGGUAGAUCUGAUUUCAGUUCAGCGUGGCUCCCUUGGAAACUUCAGUGACCUUCAAAUAGACUCCUGUGGAAUCACAGACAGGUGUUUACCCAACUAUUGUGAACAUGGAGGUGAAUGUUCCCAAUCCUGGAACACUUUUCACUGCAACUGUACAAAUACUGGUUAUAGGGGAGCAACUUGCCACAAUUCUAUUUAUGAGCAGUCAUGUGAAGCAUAUAAACAUAGAGGAAAUACUUCAGGAUUUUACUAUAUAGAUUCAGAUGGAAGUGGCCCCCUAGAACCAUUUCUUCUGUACUGCAAUAUGACUGAAACUGCCUGGACCAUCCUACAGCACAAUGGAUCUGACUUAACAAGAGUCAGAAAUGCGCAUCCAGAGAACCCCUAUGCUGGAGUUUUUGAGUAUGUUGCCAGCAUGGAGCAACUCCAGGCCACAAUUAACCAUGCAGAGCACUGUGAACAGGAGCUUACCUACUACUGUAAAAAGUCACGGCUUAUGAAUAUGCAAGAUGGAACUCCUCUGAGCUGGUGGGUUGGAAGAACUAAUGAAACACAAACAUAUUGGGGAGGUUCUUUGCCUGACCCUCAAAAAUGUACUUGUGGAAUAGAGGGGAACUGCAUUGAUUCUCAAUAUUACUGCAACUGUGAUGCUGACCGAAAUGAAUGGAUCAAUGACACUGGAUUUCUUUCAUAUAAAGAACAUCUGCCAGUAAGGAAGAUAGUGAUUACAGAUACAGACCGACCACAUUCAGAAGCAGCUUAUAAAUUGGGACCUCUACUUUGCCAGGGAGACAGGUCAUUUUGGAAUUCAGCUUCCUUCAAUACUGAAGCUUCAUACCUUCAUUUUCCUACAUUCCACGGAGAGCUUAGUGCUGAUGUGUCUUUCUUUUUUAAGACAACAGCUUCAUCUGGGGUAUUUUUAGAGAACCUGGGAAUUACCGACUUUAUACGGAUAGAGUUGUGCUCUCCAGCAGUAGUGGCUUUUUCAUUUGAUGUGGGAAAUGGGCCUUUGGAGAUCUCCGUGCAGUCACCUACACACUUUAAUGACAACCAGUGGCAUCAUGUUAAGGUUGAAAGGAACAUGAAAGAAGCAUCCAUUCAGGUGGACCACCUCCCAUCAAAGACCCAACCAGCUCCAGCGGAUGGGCAUGUCCUCUUACAGCUCAACAGUCAACUCUUUGUGGGUGGAACGGCCACCAGACAAAAAGGCUUUCUGGGAUGUAUUCGGUCUCUGCAGUUGAAUGGGCUGGCCCUGGACCUGGAAGAAAGAGCCAGGGUUACUCCUGGAGUGGAGCCAGGUUGUCGAGGACACUGCAGCAGCUAUGGAAAGUUGUGUCUCAAUGGAGGGAAAUGCAGGGAAAAAGCCAGUGGAUUCUCUUGUGACUGCACCUUCUCUGCAUUCACAGGGCCAUUCUGCUCCAAAGAAAUUUCUGCACAUUUUGGAUCAGGUUCAUCUGUGAUUUACAAUUUUCAAGAAAAUUAUUCCUUAAGUAAAAAUUCCAGCUCCCAUGCUGCUUCUUUUCAUGGUGAUAUGAAAAUGAGCAGAGAAGUGAUCAAAUUUAGUUUCCGAACUACACGAGCACCAAGCUUGCUUCUUUAUAUGAGCUCCUUUUAUAAAGAAUAUCUUUCAGUUAUCAUCGCCAAAAAUGGAAGUUUGCAGAUAAGGUACAAGCUAAAUAGAUACCAAGAACCUGAUGUCAUUUAUUUUGAUUUUAAAAACAUGGCUGAUGGACAACUUCACCAUGUAAAGAUGAACAGAGAAGAAAGAGUGGUUUUUGUAGAGAUUGAUGAAAAUGCCAGGAGACAAGUCCACCUGAAGUCAGGUACAGAGUUCAGUGCUGUCAAAUCGCUUGUCCUAGGAAGGAUUUUAGAAUACAGCGAUGUAGACCCAGAGACAGCGCUGGCCGGUGCACAGGGCUUCCUGGGCUGCCUCUCUGCUGUACAGUUCAGCCACCUGGUUCCUUUGAAGGCUGCUCUGCACCCUAGCCACCCAGCUCCCAUCACUGUCUCAGGACACGUGACAGAGUCCAGCUGUCUGGCCCAGACCGGAAACGAUGCUACCUCCAGAGAGAGGACACAUUCAUUUGCAGAUCAUUCUGGAACAAGAGAUGACAGAGAACCUCUAGCUAAUGCAAUCAAAAGUGACUCUGCAAUAAUUGGAGGUUUGAUAGCCGUUGCAAUCUUUAUCUUGCUCUGCAUCACUGCCAUAGCUGUUCGCAUUUAUCAACAGAAAAGGUUAUACAAAAGAAAUGAGACAAAAAGGUCAGAGAAUGUAGAUAGUGCUGAGGCUGUUUUGAAAAGCGAGCUUAAUAUUCAAACUACAGUCAGUGAAAACCAGAAAGAAUACUUCUUCUGAGCAGCAGCUAUGAUUCUACUUCUAAUCACAACUGUCUGCUUUAAUAGCCAGGGUCUCUCAAUGGACAAAAAAAAAAAAAAAAAAAGUACUGAUCUUACACUGAAUGUACAGGCAAUGGAUUUGCAGCACUGCCCUCUUGCCAUGUCCACACUCGAGAUGGCUCUGGAAGGCCUCAUCCGCUGACAUAUUUCCCAUAGUCGUCAUUCUAUGGAAUGAGUGAUUAGCUAUUGCUCUUAAUUUCUAACCAUUAGGAUAUGAUCUUAAAAAGCAUAAGUUUCACUUGCUUGAUGACUACAGUUCGACUUUUCAAUGUGAAAAUUAUAACCAUGGUGUCUCUACCAUAUGACACAUAAGUUUUGUUAGAGUUAAAAAUCAAAAUUGGACCAUGAUGACCUGCUUUAUUUAAAAACAUGCUGUGUUUGCAUUAGUGUUCCUACAGUGUAAUUCAUAGACCUGGAAAUGCUUCUGAGAUUGUUUGGCUGGUGUUUGCAUUUUCAGUGGCCAAAAGUAUAUAAAUCCCUUUGCCUUCCUCUGUAUUACAUUCAAUACACUUAUUGGUUGUCUCAAAAAAUGUUCUGUUAUUGAUUUGUUUGUAUUGUUAAUAUUUUUCUUUUUGGCUCUUCUUAAGGAUUUUGAACACUUUAGACUGAAUGUCACAUGUGAGCUCUAAACAUAAAAUGCACAUACAUGUAACAAGAUUCAAAGUUCACUGAUUAUCAUAUGUGGUAUCUUGCCCUUUACAUUUUUUCUUUUUAAAUUUACUAGCAUUGUUUAGCAGUGGCAGUAGCUCAGACCCCAGGUAAUGCCAAUUUCCCAAAGAAUGUGAACUGUUUGCAACUGAAUUUAUUGGUAGAAAAACACAGUUCUUUACACUACAAAAAAAAAAAGUUAGUGUUAUUUAUGACUGUAGUAUCAUGACUGAAAUACAUAUGUGGGCUUCUUUUCCCCAAGUCUUUUGUCAGUUCUCUUUAUAGAUUUAUAUUCCUGUUUUUCUAAAGUUUAUUACCAACUUUACUUUGAUCCCCCUCCCACUAUAAUUUGUGGAGCAUGUUUUUAGUUCUUAGAAAAAUAGAGACAACUUGAAGUAUAAAGCUCCAUUCUUUAUUCUAAAAUAGAUAUGCUUGCAGGCAUACAUCUAACUGUGUUCCAACCUCCAAGAUAUUCUUUCUAAAAUAUAUUACAACUGUGCCCCCUUCUACAAAACUGAUAGAGUGAAUAAGGGAUGCUCACUCUAAAGAGUACUAUAUGAGCUAUACUGAGUCUGUCAUUCUAGUCUCUUCCCAUUUAUUAGUCUAAUGGGAUAAGUUUCUAAAAAAAAAAAAUCCCAGAAACCAAUAUGACCUAUUCACUAAUACAUACUAGUUAUGUACUAGAUAUACUAGACUAUAUAUUCAUACCAGAAGAUCAAGGAAUUUUCAUUAAACAUAUGAAAGUGUUGCAAUAAUUAAUUUUGAGGCCAUGUAAACAAGAUGCUUGCAUGCUAUCUCUUUGAAUUUUAUCAGCCAAUUAUAUAUAUGU